AUGUUGCUUGCUUGCUAUUCAAGGAACCAGGUUUUCAUCCUAUUCAUCCGAGCCGUCUCCGUGAGUAGCUCAUUACGGGAGAAGCCAUUACAGAAUUGCCCGCAGCGGGAGGAAGCGGUCAGCGCCGAGCUCGAGGUGCGGCCGAAAGGUCUGAAAAUGAUCGGGGUUGAAUCCCACGUGGUUAGAGGAAGCAAGGUCGAACUCCAGUGUAUCGUCCAGAGUGCCCGCCCUCCUGCCAAUGUCACCUGGUACAACGGGACCACUCCGCUUCAGGAGAGUUCCAGCAAACUGGAAAUUCAGUCCAAAAAAGAAUGGAGUACUAGUCGUGAAGAAAUUGUAGCAUUUCCCAGUUGUAUCGCCGAUUCCUCAGGUCCUCUUUUUUCUUUCAUCGACGUGGAGGAUGCUGGAUAUGUUCCUUUGGCCGUGGUUCCUUUGCCGCAGGGUCCUUUGCAGAAGCUAUCAGGACUGUUUUGCAUCCUCCCAACUCGAUUUGUGCUGCGGCCUGGCUAUUUGUCCUCUGAGAGCCCUUUUUCUAUCCCUAAUAGAUUUUGUCCUCGGCCCUUCCCUCCCUAG